UCCACAGAUUUUUUGGGGGUAAACCUAUUCUCUGUUAUUCGCCGAUUUUGCGCUCAGGUGAUACCAAUAUUUGUUUGGCAAGAAAAGGUGAAAGAAGACCCCCGUUGAACUUGCAAAGGACAUGUGCUGAAAACUUACCUAUUUGCUAUUGUUGUGGUCAGCGUGUGCCCCAUCUUGUGCCAUUUUGGUGGAUUCAGCUAUUCACAGAUUUUUGAAGAGGACCUUACCCUCGGUGAUUUCAUGAAAAAUUUAAUAUUUGCAGUUUUUAUGCUGAAGCCAAAGCAAUAAACGUUUUACCGUCUUGGUGGACUCACCCAUUUGUGGAUUUUCGGGGGACCUACCCUCUUGUUAAUCACCGUUUUGUACUCAGACAAUCACAAACCUUUUCAGAGAUGGGUGUCAAUUACACUUGAACCCAAGUUUUAAAUCUGCACAUUUGUCUGGACAACAUGGACCCAGAGGUUCCGUUCAACUUAACAAGAUGCUUUUUGUCAACAACAGCCAUGGUCCUUGUGGGAUAAAGCCAAAGAAGGAAAUAGAAGAAAAAGAAAAUCGCAAGAGGUCCACGAUAAAUAAUUGAAGAGAGGUUGAAAGGCGACACUGCGACUGAUUCUUCUUCUGUAACUGGACACUGCAGCUGUAAUCAGUGAAAUCCUCCUUUUGUGCCUCCUACUUUUUCUUCUUUGGUGCGGUGCAUCACAUCCAAGAGUCGCAACGCCCGGUUCUUGUUCUUGGUCACUUUUUGGGGACAUAUCUUACAGGUUCGCCUGUGGAAAAAUGUCUCCCUUGGCAGAGGCCCCCCUGAUGUUAAUUGUGUUGGUCCUCCUCAUGGCUCUUCAAGCGGGCGUGUGCGCGGGCGCGUGCGUGGAGGUGGACUCGGACACGGAGGCGGUGGCCAACCGAGGCUUCAAGCUGGGCUGCAUCUCAUGCAAGAGGAGGGGAGAGGUCAUGGCUACGGCCAGCGUCACCUGGCUGUUCAAGGCCGUCGGCGAGGCCGACUUCUCACACCUGUACAGCUACGAGGAUCAGCGCGGCACGAUCGCGGACGAGCGCUUCGAGGGGCGCGUGCAGUGGCGAGGCAGCAGGCGGACGCUGGACCUCCAGGACGGCUCCAUCUACAUCGCCAACAUCACCUUUAACGACACGGGCAGCUACAAGUGCGUCUUCAGCCGCGUGCUCAUCUACGACGACUACGCCUUCCGCAUCAACACCAGCAAGAUCAUCAAUGUACGCGUGGUGCCCAAAAUGACGAGGGGGAUGGCGUCCAUCCUGUCCGAGGUGAUGAUGUACGUUGCCAUCGUCGGCUUGCAGCUGUGGCUCCUGGUGGAGAUGAUCUACUGUUACAGGAAGAUCUCGGCGGCCGGCGAGGAGGCCUUGAGGGAGAGCGCGGCCGAGUACUUAGCCGUAGCGUCUGAAAAUAAAGACAACUGCGCAGCUGUGCAGGUGGCAGAGUAACACACACGUGUGGCAAAGUGCUGGCGCAGAGACGGAUUCUCACAUCCACCUUCAGCAUCGCCGUCUCCACCGCAACAACACGCCAAGACGGGAGUGUGACGCUCUCAUUCAGACACUUUAUGCAAAGGUGCGCCCCCCAAAAAAAAAAAAAAAAAAAAAGGAUGGUCUGUGUGUGUUGGUGUGUGUGCUUGAUUCCCGUUCGACUGCAUCCUGCCGAAAGCAAAAAACACUGUUCCUUCUUUUUUGUAAUGUGGUGCAAGCAAAAAAA